UUUAAAUUUUCAUUUCCAGAUAAGGUCAACGUAAAAGUUGCUCUUGAUCUAACCCUGCACAAGAUGGAGGCCCCUCUGGUAAGCCUAGAUGAAGAAUUUGAGGACUUGAGACCCUGCUAUUCAGAAGACAGGGAUGAGAAACCUCGCUGUUUCUACGGCUCAUCUCCUCACCACCUAGAAGACCCCUCUCUCUCUGAGCUUGAGAAUUUCUCCUCCGAAAUUAUUAGCUUCAAGUCCAUGGAGGAUCUUGUAAACGAGUUUGAUGAAAAGCUCAAUGUCUGCUUUCGAAACUAUAAUGCCAAGACUGAGAACCUAGCCCCUGUGAAGAACCAGUUGCAGAUCCAAGAGGAAGAAGAGAAUCUGCAGGAUGAGGAGUAA